AUAAAUUUAUAAAUAUUUAACAAUAAUUUUUUUAGCCUUUGAUACAAACUGAGUAAAUAAAGCAUUUAUUAAAAGUAAAUAAAUGACAUAUAAAGUUUUCUACGGUUCUUAAGUUUGAGGUUAAGAAAGAGUUUGAAUAUUUUAUUGAUAUUUUUGCUGUCGCUCUUUAACCUUUGUGUUCUUGCAGUUGCAGGGAAAAUCCACAGCGCGGCGCUGUUGCCCAUCUGUUUCCACAUCUGACCGCCUGCAGCGACACCGCAGUUAAACUGUUCAAUGUUUUACUGUUGAGAUAAAUUCACCAGAGUCACAUCUAGAAACAGAUUUCAUAUAAAAAUCCAGAAAUAUCGUCUAUUCCUCCAUUUUCAUCUCAUUUUCAGCAGCAGGUUUUCCAACUGGAUCCUUUUGUUUUCUUUAAUCUCCAUCCAGACUCUCUUUCUCUCCACAGCAUGAUGCUGCCACCACCACCUUAGAGAUAAAGAGUUCAGGGUAAUGAAUAAGUUCCUCCACAUGGAGGCGACGACAAAAAUGUUUUAUGUUCUACCGCAAACAUUAGUUACCAUAGCAACACAACUUUUUUUUUAAAUGCUUAAAUUUUCACACUGAAUUUGCUUUAAAUCAAUAAUAUUCCAAUACUUUGUUGUAAAGAGGUUAAAAACAGACGAUCAGCUUCAGGCUGCAGCUGAAGAACCAACGAGUUUUUCAUCCAGAUGUUCAGAUUCUCAAAAGGAGCUGUGGUUUUCAAUAUCUGUGAAACAGGAAAUGUGUGUGUGCGUGUGUGUGUGUGUGUGUGUGUGUGUGUGUGUGUGUGUGUGUGUGUGUGUGUGUGAGGCAGUAAAAGCCUGUUGCGGUUUGGUUUUUCCAGCUCAUUAUCUUAUCUGUGAUCGGUCUCUGCGCCUCGGACUCGGUGAAAGCAGCUGCAGGUGUCGUGGGCGUCGUGUGUGGAAAUGUUAAAUGUUUCUCACAAAGGUCACAGACAGAAAGGACUCGACGGUUUACAGAGUCACCUUUCAAUAAAGACGGAAACGUUCUAAAAAUAUCUUCAAAGCAAAACCUUUCAUCUGUUUGUUGCUUUUUAUGUUUGGGACUUUAAAUAACUGAGGAUCCAGUUAGGAUUCACACUAACUGUUUCUCUGCUGACAUCUUUUUGUUUUUGACUCCAACGGACAAAAGACAUAAAGUUUCUGUUGCCUAGAAAUUUACUUGGAUUAGGCCAAAAAUAAAGAGAUGAAACUGAUCAACUGGUGACAUUUCUGCCAAAAUCACAAGUUGAGUCAAAUAUCAUCAAAUAUCACAAAGAGCUGUCUGUCUAUCUCAUAGAUUUUAAUUUGUUAACAUUUUUGGCCAAUUAAUCAUAUUUUUGUUUUUGAUUGUUUGUUAUAAAGGUUCCGGGCGGAACCAUCAUACUGUCGUGUUUCUAGUACGGCUGUAAAUCCGACGCACAUCCCCGAGAAACAUCAACAGAAGAUGAAUCAGCUUCUCUCGGAAAACUGGGGGUUAAUUUCUGCUUCUAAGCGAUCUGAUUGGACACUGAAAAACACUAUUGUUGUAUUGAAGUAGUGCUAAAAGGAGUUAGCAUUUAUUCAAGCUAGCAUCUCAAUGCUAACCAUGUUGCUAAUGCUAAUGUUAGCGUCCACAUUUGUAAAUGAGUCACAUGAACAAUCAGGGCUUCUGAAACACUUUGCAUAAAUCUGAUGGUUGAAUAACAAACUGAAAACUAUAAAUAUCUUAUUAGCUCGUAUGUUAAUUUAUUCAAUAAUUUAGCAACAAUGCUACUGUUGCUAAAUCUGCUUAUCUGUAGUGAAUACACAUGUACAGUGUUACUAACAGACAUUCAAUAAAAAUAAUACACAGAUUCUUUAUUUCAGUUUACUUUAAUUUGAAUCUAAAAACGGCCUGUUAACGACACUUUGAACAUUAUGAACACAUUUUAUCACUGAUUCUGUUAUUUCAAAGUUACUUUUAUCAGUUAGUUACAUGUUGGAUUACUGUUAAUGUGUUUGUAAAGACAUAAUUAAAAGACAGUGAAAUUUAAUGUAAAAACUCGUUUUUAUUCUGAAUUAAACUCUGACCUUUUCAUUAUUCUGUUUCCUGUUUCUCAUCCACCCACACUGAAAAAAGAAAACAGGUGAUCUUUAAAAAGAUUAUGUUAAUUUGCUACUAAUAAUCAAAUGAAGUUUAUCCAGAUAAGUUUAUCAAAUUGUCAUGUUCAGAAAGUGAAUAAAUUCAGUUUGGUAAACUUCAUUUGAUUACAUGUAGUAAACAAACUAUUUUUAUAAGUUGCAGCUACAUUCCCUUUUUUCAGUGCGACUAGAGUUAACCCAAAACGUCCUAAUCCAAACAUGUCCAUCUGCAGCCUCCGUAUCGAUGGCUGCGGGUAUCGAUGCGCGGGAGGUGUGGCGGGGAGGGCUGCGGGGCGGACCGGGGUCCGCCUAUAAAUGGACCAGGUUGCCUCACCUGAGCGAACCGGAGCAUCUUCCAGCAGCAGCAACAGAGUCAAACCUGGAGGUGAAUCCCAGGAUCGUCGCGUCCCGCAGCGAUGAGCCUCCAGUUGGUGCUGAUGUUUGGCGUCGGGGCCGCGCUCCUCCGCGUGGACGCGCGCGUCCGCCUGAACUCCAUCAGAACCGUGGUCCUGACGGAAGGUCACGCGCUGCCCGUGAACCGGAGCGCGUGGGGACCUGGCGUGGACCUGACGCUCUACCAGUGCAUGAGCGACCUGGAGUGCAUCAUGGGAAACUACUGCCACGUCCCGACCAAAGGCCCCGCCCACUCGCGCUGCCUCGCCUGCCGCAGGAGGAGCAGGCGCUGCCUCAGGGAUAGCAUGUGUUGCCCCGGCAACCACUGCAGCAGCAACAUUUGUGUUCCUGAGCCGAACGGCUUUUGGUCCCAGAAUGUCCUGGACGCCGAUGGAGACGUGAACCCGCCGUCUAAGAGAGGAUGGAGGAAACGAGGGAGGGUGAACCUUAAAGCGUCCUCUGGUAGAGGUCAGCUGGGCGACCUGUGCCUGCGCUCCUCUGACUGCGCAGACGCUUUGUGCUGCGCCCGCCACUUCUGGGCCCGGAUCUGCAAGCCGGUGUUGCGGGAGGGCCAGGUUUGCACGCGUCAGCGGCGUAAGGGCCACCAGGGCUUGGAGCUGUUCCAGCGCUGCUCAUGCGGCGACGGACUCACCUGCCGGGCCGCGCCGGACCCAAACAGCCAGACUUCGCCGCCGCAGCCGUCUUUGCUACUGGACCAAGCCGUGAAAUCCAAGUUUGAGGUUUCCCCUUCCUUGUCUCGGCACGCCUCUCCCCACACCUCGGUGCUGGCAGCAACCUCGUCGUCUUCAGGGGCGGCGAAGGCGAGACUCCACGUGUGUCACAGGAAACAAGUUGGACAAACGGGAAGGAAAACAGACUGAUGGAAAAAAAAUCUCCUCUGUCUGUGAUCGAGGCCAGAGGCAACGAGAGGCAGAGAGAUUUGUAAAAGAAAGAGUGAAUAACAUUCCUGUUUACACCCUUAGCGUCUCCUUAAAUAUCUGGAAGGUCAUCAGCUUCCUGCCACGCCAGCUGAAGGGUCACCAAACCCUUUGAGGCUGGGAUGUGAUUUCCUCCAGGGUGUCUAGACAAGCCGAAACCACUUUGAAGUCCAGUCUGACCCCUUUACCCCAACAACACAAAUGUUGAUGCAUGUCUGAAGUAAUUCACACAUUGUCUUCAGCUUCUGAACUCCAAAGAAACAGAGUUAAACUAUUUGGUGGCAUUAGCAUUAAAUAUUAGCCAAAUUCAGUCGACAUUUGAAUUUACUUUCCAAUAAAUAAUUAUUUCAUCUUUAUAACUUUGUACCACCGACAUGUAAACAGGUUUUAUCGCUAAACCAGCCGUUUACCACUGUGAAAUCCUUUCACAUAAAUUUAAACUUAUAAAAACACAUUUUAUGUAAAUGUUGUCAUACUUUUUACAUUUUAGCUAAUUUUACUGGGUUUAUUCUCUGAGUAAAAACUAAAUAAAUCAAUUAAUUUUUUCUGUAUGUUUUGUUGCACUGAUAUUUUGAAAUAAUUUGUUUUGUAUAAAUUGUGUAUUUUGUGGUAAGUCUGGGUGUAAUUAUUCACAUUUAUUGAGUUUAACUGAAAGUUCACAAAAAUGUUUUGUGAUUAAAUUUGUUUCUUCUUGC